AUGUGGCCACGGGGACUCCCGGUGUCCGUCACCGCGAUGGUGACGCUACUCGUGGUCGUUGUAGACGUGGAAUCUAGCGGGGAGUACUGCCACGGCUGGUUCGACCCCCAGGGCGCGUGGAAAGAGGGCUUCCAGUGUCCGGAGAAGAUCGACGCCGAGCACGCGCUGAUCUGCUGCGGGAAAUGCGAGUUGCGCUACUGCUGUUCCAGCUCGGACGCGCGACUGGAUCAGGGGAGCUGCGAUAACGACCAGCAGGUUCAGGAGCCCGGGGCAGAGAACAAGGAGAACAAGGACUCCGGCGCAGUGCCCAUCUACGUGCCCUUCCUGAUCGUGGGCUCCGUCUUCGUGGCCUUCGUGCUGAUGGGCUCCGUGGUCGCCGUGUGCUGCUGCCGCUGCCUUCGGCCCAAGCAGGAGCUGUCGCCGGGCGGCGCCGCGGGGGCGGCGGCGGCGGCGGGCGGCGGCCGCCUCCUGGAGGCCAUCCCCAUGAUGGCCAGCACCUCCCGGGGCUCGUCGUCCUGCCAGUCCAGCACGGCCACCUCGUCCAGCUCCUCGGCGCCGCCGCCCGCCCCCCGGCCCGCCCCGCCGCCCCUCAUACGGGCGCAGGCGUCCUGCUGCCUGACGCCCGACGCCAGCGUCUUCGUCAACAUGCCCACCAACUUCUCGGUGCUCAACUGCCAGCAGGCCACGCAGAUCAUGCCCCACCAGGGCCAGUUCCUCCACCCGCAGUACAUCGGCUACGCCCACCCCAUGGCGGCCGCCGCCGCCUUCAUCGACCCCACCCAGGGGGGCUACCGGCCCCUCCAGUCCCCCUGCCCCCCGCCCCCCGGGGCCUCCAGUGUCACCAGUGACCAGAAGUACCCUCCGGUGACAGUGUGACGCCGGGCCGGCCCGGACCGCUCCACUGCCUUGACCCGCGAAGCGUAACCUGUGUGGGGCCGCGCCAGAGACUUUUAGAGACGCUGCCGAGGAGGAAAAAAGUAGGACAUGGAGUCAAACUCACAUGAAGGACUCAUAAAGCUGGUGCUGGCGGGAAGCUGCCAUCGAGUGCGUGUGCUGUGUGUUCUAUGUAGUGUGUCAAACGAUCUGUCGGUAAAGCAUGAGCCAAGCUCUGCCUUUGAUGGGGUGCGAUGGACGGAUGAAAUGGAUGGGUGCCGGCUGUACGUGUGCACUUGGUGCCAAAACAUUAGGAACGCCUUUUAAUAAAAGUCAUAAAAGUCUUUUCUGAGAUUUUCAACAAAAGCUGAGAGAUUAUAACACCGUAAAAGUAUGAUUCAUGGCAGAGCUGCUAUGUUGGAUUGCAGUUUAUUGUACAGGUGUACCUAAUAAAGUGGCAACAAGUGUGAAAGUAACGAGCGAGACGAGUGGUGACUGGAUGAUUUAUGGCUGCGGACUGUAUGAAAAGUGGAUAUUCACAAAGCAAACGACAACUUAUGACCACAUGCUGAGUUCAUGCCACGUGCACAUCUGCACUUGUGAAUGGUUGUGUGUGUGUGUGUGUGUGUGUGUGUGUGUGUGUGUGUGUGUGUGUUAGUACUGUAUGAGGAGACACAGCUUGGGAAAAGAUGAUUGUGCUGCGUGUGACUGUGAGUGGGAGAGAGAGAGAGUGCGGAGGGAUGUGGUCGAGCGAGCGGGCGGGUAAUGGGAAAAGCAGGUGGCGGGAAUGCGAAAGGCAGUCGCAACGUCCCCGUGGAGCCUUUAAACUCUAAUGAAGUGAGCACAGGACGUGGACUGUGACGCUCCACCCCUCCGUCCACCAAAGAAGAAGAAGAAGAAAAAAAGAGCCUCUCAACGGAAGCUUACGUGAACCCAAAAGACGAACGAAUUCACGCAAAGCCGGCUUUCAACGCGCCCCAGACGCGUGACUGUGCGGGUGACGGGAGGCGCAGUAGUGAAGCGUGUAUUUAGCGCUCCCACGGCUCCGGGGCGGCGCUUAGUCAUCGUUUUCCGCUUAAGAACGACCCUCGCCGUCACCGGUAACUCAGUAACACGCCACCCGAGGAAUGUGCCGCUCCGCCGCGCGCGAGGCCCGUGCUCGUCCCGCGCGGCAGCGCUGCUGGAGGCGACCGCCGCGUCUGUGCGCCUCGUCUGCGCUCGUGGGAUGCGGCCGGCGGCUCGUGCCAGAUGAAACAAACGCAUCCGGAAGGCGCUCCAUGGAAUUUGGGCCAAUGUGUAUGUUAAAAUAAAGACCCCUCAAACCAGAAA